CCCGCCAUGACUGUCACCUACACGGCCCGCGUGGCCAACGCCCGUUUCGGAGGCUUCUACAAACUGCUGCUGCUCUGGCGUGGGAGCAUCUACAAGCUGCUGUACAAGGAGUUCCUGGCCUUCUUCGUCACCUACCUGGGGCUCAGCCUGACCUACCGCUUCGUCCUGGCCGAGGAUCAGAAACGCUACUUUGAGAAACUGGUGAUUUACUGCGACAACUACGCCAACCUGAUCCCCGUCUCCUUCGUGUUGGGCUUCUACGUCACGCUGGUAGUGAACCGGUGGUGGAGCCAGUACAGCUGCAUGCCCAUGCCCGACCGCCUGAUGUGCGCCAUCUCCGGCUCCGUGCACGGCGGGGACGAGCGAGGCCGGCUCUACCGCCGCACCCUGAUGCGCUACAGCAGCCUCUCGGCCGUGCUCAUCCUGCGCUCCGUCAGCACCGCCGUCUUCAAGCGCUUCCCCACCAUCGACCACGUGGUGGAGGCAGGCUUCAUGACCCGGGAGGAGCGGAAGAAAUACGAGAACCUGAGCUCGUCCUACAACAAGUACUGGAUCCCCUGCGUCUGGUUCACCAACCUAGCGGCCCAGGCUCGCAAAGAGGGGCGUGUCCGGGACAACUGUGCCCUCAAGAUGCUGAUGGAGGAGCUGAAUCAGUUCCGUGCGAACUGCAGCAUGUUGUUCCACUACGACUGGAUCAGCGUCCCCCUGGUCUACACGCAGGUGGUGACCAUCGCCGUGUACAGCUUCUUCGUGGCCUGUCUGAUCGGGCGUCAGUUCCUGGACCCAGCCCAGGGCUACGAGGGCCACGACCUGGACCUGUGUGUGCCGGUCUUCACCCUGCUGCAGUUCUUCUUCUACGUGGGCUGGCUCAAGGUGGCCGAGCAGCUGAUCAAUCCCUUUGGGGAGGAUGACGACGACUUUGAAACCAACCUGCUGAUCGACCGCAACUUCCAGGUCUCCAUGAUGGCGGUGGACGAGAUGUACGACGACCUGCCCCUGCUGGAGAAGGACCGUUACUGGGACGCCUCCAACCCCCGCGCCCCCUACACGGCGGCCACCGUCUUCCUGCUGCACCAGCCGUCCUUCCAGGGCUCCACCUUCGACAUGACGCUGCCCAAGGAGGACAUGCAGUUCCAGCCACUGGAGGAGAUCGAGGAGGGGCUGGAGCCGAGCCGGCAUGUCCCCCUGCACCUCCUGAACCGGCUGCUGGCCACGGGGCCCGCCCCGGGCAGCUUCGGCCGGCGCCUCUCCCUGCUGCGCCGCAAGAACAGCUGCGUCUCCGAGGCCUCCACCUCCUACAGCUGCCUGUGCCAGGAGACGCAGAGCACGGACUGCAGCUGUGGGCCCCCCACCCGCCGCCUGCCCCUCAGCGAGGUGCCCUUCGCCCCGGAGCAGCAGGGCUGGGAGGGGGGCGAGGAAGCCGGGCCCCGGGCCCUGGGCAGCCAUGAGGAGGCCUUGGCCGAGGAGUCGGACUUUGACCGGCGGUCCCAGGUCUCCUUGCUUCACCCCGACGGCGCCGCCCCUGUGGCCGGCAGCUUCCCUUCGCCACAGGACACGGGGCCCCUUGUGGACACGUCCUUCCUCCCGCAGCCGGGAGCCGCCCAGGAGCCCCCCGCCCGCAGCGGCCCCCCCAGUGCCGGCUACUGCCCCUGGCUGCAGAACCGCAUCGAGGAGGAGACGAUGGGAUGAGCCGGGCCGAGACUCGGAGACGCCCUGCAGCCGGGGGAAGCGGGGACCCAACCCCAGUGCCGGCUGGGGGCCGACCCCUAGAUGUGACGGCAGAGACGCCUGGUUCUGGGCCAGAGGCAGCUGAGCCCCGCUCUGGUGCCACCAGAUGAACUGUUCAAAGGGGGUUAAUCGGGGGGCCAUCAACAUGCGCCCCCUCCAACCCUGGACCCCUCUGCUCCCUGGCUCACCAGUGCUGGGCCCUGGUGGUGCAGCGCUCCCUGCUGGCUGACCCAUCCUGGUCCCAGCUCCGGUCCCCUCAACUCUCAUCCACAACAGCGCGGGACCCUGCUGCAAAUGCCCCCGUCUUCGAGGCAUCAUUUCAUUAGCCCUGGGCUGCCCCGGCCUCUC